AUGAGUCGUCCGUACAAUAAGCACCGUGGCAGAGAUGGGGGCCGUGGAAAUCCAGGUCGUGGGAAUACUGGCCGUGGGGCCUUUCCCCAGGAGAUUGCAUCCAAUGAGCGUUUUUCUCGAUGGAAUGAACGGGGCAAUAGCGGCCCGGGGGACAGAAACAAUAAUAAGAGCAACAACAGCAACAAAAAAUCGGGUGACCGGGACGUCGCAGCCGUGCCUGUAAUGACAACACUGUUGGAUCUUCUCUUUCAAAAAUCUGCGGGGGCGAUAUUUGACCCGAACACUGGCAUGUUGAAUCUUUCGAGGUUUAAGGACUCCCCGGACCUUCUCAGCGUUCAGCGCAGCGUGGACUUCAACAGUGUGACGUUUUGCAAGAGUCUGGCGGAUGUGAUUAAAAACAAGAUUGGUACGUCUCUUCGCAUUCUUGUGCUGAACGAAAACAACAUACGGAAGUUGACCGUUUUAUUGACGGCGCUGGAGGGGGCGGACAUACACCGGGGUGUGACAGCCAUAUCCGCAACUGGCAACCAAAUCUCAGACUUUGCCUUUCUGGGGCCGCUAAAAAAAUACGAGGGCCUUGGAGAACUGUUACUGAAAGAAAACACGAUCACAACGCGCGCUGAUUAUAGGACACAGAUGGUGAGGUCUCUACCAAAACUUAUGAUGCUUGAUGGGGAAUUGAUUCAUCGUGGCCUUAUGCAUCUGCCCAAUCCUGUACCUGUCAGUCUUAAUGAGUCCCAACUUGGUGUGCUGCGCUUUCUUGAGAGUAAUCUCUUCGCCGCCGCUGCUUCACGUAACUACGAUGCACUUGUUAACUUAUACACUUCAGGUACUGUGUUCAGCGUGAGCCGAGCGGAAGAGCCUAUUCCGCGACGCCUGCCGUUUGACACCGCACACAAUGGUGACUUGCUGUCCGAAUCGCAACGCAACGUUAUGACCAAUGAUUUCCUGAUCCUUCGAAGACAGGUCCGUUGGAGGAACCUCCAGAACAACCUGCAGUCUUUAAGUCACGUGGCCCUCGGCCGCGCUAAGUCGUCGUUGGCUCUUCAGGAAGUUGGUGGCGGCGAAAGGAAAUUUAUCAGUGUUUCACAUGAACUCAAUGGGAACGCCAACGUCGUGUUUCUUUCGCAAAAUAUGAAGGUUCCGACAUGUAUAGUGACUAUACAUGGCCGACUCUUUUGGCAUUGGUCCCCAAAAGGCAGUAACGGUGCCGAUUUAAUUCCACGUGAGAAGGCUCCUUUCCUGACGUGCUUUUUUGACCGCACCGUUUCACUUCUUCUGGACAGCGUGAGUAAUGUUUGGAUCAUUCAAAAUGAGAUGAUUUUUAUGCGUCCCGACCAUACUCUGGUGCAUGAAAACGGGUCAGCAAGUUCUCCCUUAUUCUUCGCGAACGAGGCGACGAGGGUGGAGUCUAUGCGUCGCCGCUACCUGCCAAACGCUUCACUAGAAGUCAUGCAGAGCGUCGUUGAGCACUUUGGCAGUGACGCUGAUGUGCAUGCGUUUAUCACGGGUCAUCUGCCGACGUUACCAGCGGACCGUGUGGAAGGGGCUCUAAAGGACCGUAGUGUCAUGCUUUCCCUUCUUCAGCGAUAA